CCGUCUCCGUUCACCACGCCCGCCCACUCCAGGUCUACUACAGCUGCUCUUACCUCACUCCCUUGCGAGGGUUCGGCCAUGGAAGAACUCCUUCUGCGCCACAGCCGCCUCUCAAGGCCGAUGGCAACCCGCCGCCUCCGCGUCGUCGCCGUCGCGCUAAGGUCUAGGCCGAGCAGCAGCCUCGCCGUCCCGGGGUUUCCGCCCGCGACGGCGCCGGCCCCGGCGCCUGCCCUGGACCACGUGCUACCGUCGCCGCACGUUGCCGCAGACGCCGCAGCAGUCCUGCUCGAGGCGGGCGUGCCCCAGGACGAUCUCCGGCGCGCGGCGGGGAUGUGCCCUGAGCUGAUGUCCGUGCCCGUCGAGACCAUUACGGCUGCGCUGCGGUUCCUUACCGACGAGGCUGGAGUGUCCGCCGAGGAGCUGCCGCGCAUUCUGAGGCGACGCCCACGCCUGCUCGUGUCCUCCACCGCGGGGCGUCUCCGGCCGACUCUCUACUUCCUCCGGGCGCUUGGCGUGCCCGACCUCCACCGCCGCGCCGACCUGCUCUCUUUCUCCGUGGAGGACAAGCUGCUCCCGCGGAUCGAGUUCCUCGAGUCGCUGGGCCUGCCCUUCCGCGCGGCGCGCUCAAUGGCACGCCGCUUCCCGGCGCUAUUCUACUACAGCAUUGACGGCAACAUGCGGCCUAAGGCUGAGUACCUCUUGGGCGUCAUGGGCCGCGACUCCGACGAGCUCUUCGACUUCCCGGAGUACUUCUCCUACGCGCUCGACACGCGCAUCGCGACGCGCCACGAGGCCUGCGCAGCGCGCGGCGUGAGGAUGCCGCUGCCCGCCAUGCUCCGGCCUGGGGAGCCCAAGUUUGAAGACUGCCUCGCGGGGUGCGUCGGGUCCACGCCGCCACGGCGGCGGUCGCCCCUUUGGCAUGCCUACUGGGUGGAUGGCGACGGGGCCGGCGUCGGCGCGGUGGUAGAGAAGGUCAGACGGGACGACUCGAUCGCGACAUCAUACCGCCAUGUGCAUUAGUAGUACAAUAGUGGACGAUCUUGAAUGUUGUAAGCUGUGCAUAACUACAUGUAAGGGUCCGUUUGAACUGUCGUUUUGAAAGCAAAUACACCGGUAAAAUAUAUCUUUGUAUGGAAAAA